AGCCUAUAAAUUGAUUGGCCUUCGGCUGCAUUCAGCUUAGUCCAAGUGCAGUUCUGACCACAAUAUCACCAGAGAAUGUUCAAGCUCGUCGUGCUAUUCGGCCUUUUGAGUGGUGCCUUUGCCGCCACGGUUAUCUACCAUCACCCGGUGAUCUAUCAUCAUCCUCUGCCGGUUGCAUCAACGCCCCAGGAGUUGGCUCAGCAUCCUGGCUACACCAUUGUGGCACCUCUCACGAAGAUUGCCCACGUCACCUACGAUUCGGUGCCCAUUUCGCACACGCCCUACGAACAUGUUCCUCUCUUCCAGAGGAUUGGUCAUGUCAAAAACAUUAGGUUCUAGCGAUGUAUACCCUAGAAAAACAUAGUUUAACUUAUAAAUAAAAACAAAUAAUAAU